CCUGCUUUCCCAUUGGCCCCUGGGCCUUAAUAGGAUCCCGGGCGAUGGGAUUAUGUCUCCCAAUACUCCCCUCCGGCCAUUCUGUGUGUAUCUUCCGACCAUGGGUGCAGUGGUUUAGGCGGGCCAACGCCCAUGAACACCCAACCAGAGGGGCCUCGCUGACCAAUAUCACGGAUAAAGGAGAAAAUACCCACUGAGGGGAACGUGGAGGACAGCUCGGAACACCGGCACACUUUGGACUCACAGGGCAGCCCUGAUCAUCCACAGGAACCCGAGGAUUACGUUUUAUCGAGCGUGCAACGCCCGUCAAACGCUUCUAUCACAAUCUGAAAACAGCGCUUAUUCUUUGCAUUUCACGGUUGUUGGGUUCUAAAGUCGACCCCUUUGUCCGGACACCGCCCGUGUGAGGGGAAAGUGUUUCAUCGUUAUCUGGAUUAUCACCCUUGAGGAUGAAUGCGUCCUUGGCCGUGUAAGGGAUCUACCUACUUAUCCGCUGCACCUGGAACUAUUCUGAUCCCAUUAACAUCUCCCCCGCAGAGGGCCAGCGACGGGCCCACUCUGACCUGGUCGGCCCGACCUCCAACAGCAGCAGGCCUUUGCUGACCUGGAGCUCGGUGGAGGGCCGGUCGAGGGACUGCGCCUCCUAACCCGUCCCCUGCCACCCCCCUGGCCGUAGGGAGCCAUGGCCCUCCUGAAGAUGAUGUUCCCCCUGCAGCGGCGCGUGCGUCUGGCCCAGGGCCUGUGGCUACUCUCCUGGCUCGCCGUGCUCUCCGGCGCCAUCACCUUCUGCCUCGGCCUCUACCUGAAGACAGAGCUGCUCCGCAGGGCCGAGGUGAUGGACAACUCGGAGAUCCACAUCGUACCUAACAUCCUCAUGGUGGUGGGCCUGGCAGCCAUCGGCACCAACUGGUUCGCGGGGCGUAUCUGUCAGGACUCCCUGGACCCCGAGCGCUUCCCUCGCUGGAAGAACUUCCUGCUGGCGUGGUUCGCGUUGGCCGUGCUUCUGUGCUCCCUGCUCGUCUCCGCCAUGGCUCUCAGCUACGCGCUGCAGGGUCACCUGGAGGAGUCUCUCAAGGUGGGCCUGAGGAACGGGAUCCGGUUCUACAGGGACACCGACGUUCCGGGCCGCUGCUUCCAAAAAGAGACCAUCGACCGGCUGCAGAUCGAGCAUCGUUGCUGUGGCAACAACAACUACCGGGACUGGUUUGAGGUUCAGUGGAUCAGCAACCGGUACCUGGACUUCACCAACAAGGAGGUCAAGGAGUGAGUGGUGCUAGGGUGUGGUCGGAAAACUGAUUCCCAUGACAUGUAGGAGGCGCUA